AUGGACGACCGCGAUAGCCUAGAUCCCUUUACCACGAGCGUGCACGAUGCACAGAGGCAUAGGCACUCCGCAUUCGAUAAAUCGCAUUUCUCGCUCUACCUGAAUGGCUCUCCCGAGCAGGCGAAACGGGCGCUUCAAGCCCAUCUCUCGGAAACUGCGCGCCGACUGCAAGAGACAUCUGUGUUAGGGAACUCGCUCGUCCAGCAGAAGAAGGAGCUGGAGGAGCGGUUGAGGGAAGUGGAGGCACAACAAUCAAAUAGCGAGAUCGGCCCGGAGCUGCGGCAGCGCUUGGCGGAUUUGGAGAAGGAGUUCAAUGAGGUCGGAAGGGAGACUGCGAGGGCCUUUCUCCCCAGGUCACGAGUUCCUAGCGGCGAGACGGAUGCCACAGGUGGUGCUUCCGUAUAUUCUAGCGAGGCUCUUGCAUCGCCUUCGAAAGUCAGCGUGCCGACGAGGAAGCAGCGGAACCAGCAACCAAGCCGGGUCAAUGAGCUUACGCUUGCCACGGAGAUCUCAGCCUCGCUGCUCUCUCAAGUAAAAGAGCUUCAGGCAUUGCUUCUGGAAAAGGAGGAAUUGUUGAAGGCUACCAACUUGGAAAGAUCGCAGCUGGAACUGGAGGUGGAAGGCCUGUCCCAGCGACUGCGGACUCUCGACGAACGCGAAUCUCAGCUCAAAGAUGUGAAUUGGAAUUUGGAGACGCAGGUGCGCGAACUGGAAGCAGCCGCAAAGGAGUCCGCCGACAAGGAAGCACGAACCAAUCACAACUUGAGCGUUGCUCGGGCGGAGAACUCAACGCUGGAGCGGGAGCUGGAUGAAUUGAAGCAACUAUAUGCAAAGCUAAACGAUGAUCACAUUGCUAAAGUCAAGCAUCAUGAAGCAGAGAUAGCAGGCCUUCGACGAAAUGCCAGCGCAGCCGAAACUGAGCGCAACGCUCUGCAGCGAAAAAUCGACGAUCUGGCGUCUCAGAAUCAGGAGCUUGCAAGAGCUGUGGCUUACCGCAUGCGACCAGAGGAACAAGUGCCGAUCGAGGAGACCCCACCCGAUGCCGACGCUGACGAGGGUACUACCAUGACUCCUGAGCAUUCUCCUCUGCCAUCUCCGAGCAAAGCUACACCGCGUCAUGGCCAGCUCGAAUCGGAAACGCUUAAGCAUUCACUCCAGCAUGCUCAUCGCAUGAUCCAGCAGCUUAAGAACAAUAUUCACCGCGAGAAGACGGAGAAGCUGGAGUUGAAGCGGAUGCUUCAGGAUGCCCGUGACGAGCUCGAGACGACUCGUAAUUCCAUGAAUGGCUUGGGAAGUGCGAGCAAGCGUAGGAAGCAGGACAAAGACGUGUUCAAGAAACCGCCUCGACCGGAUCGUCUAGGCAGCUUCCGACCUGCCACCCAGGAGAUCGUCACAGAUGAGGAUGAAUGGGAAGACCAAGAAGUAGUACACAGUACGCCUAGUCGACGCUCUCGCCACGCCGAUAGGGUGCCUGGAGCCUUCCCUGGUGGAUUCAGCUCCGCUGCUGAUACAAGCACCGAGGCGUCUGACGCCUUUGAGACCGCAAAUGAACGUGACGGAACCGCAACGGAGACUGAGGCCUUCCAAACCGGAGCAGAGACACUGGAUGGAGAUAGCACGGACGAGUUGACUGAAACUGAAGCGGGCCGUUCGACGGGUACCAUCCGGGGACAGAGGCCGUCGCCGCGUGGUAUGGUCAGUAACAGGGAUUCGUAUGAAAGCACAGCCUCCACGUCUGGUGAGGAAGACAACGACGUGGAUCUCAAGACGCCCAUACAGUCUCAACAUCCUCGAUACAAGCUGAAGAUGCGGCAGGCGGGUUAUCGACGGUCGACCCCCAGGAGCCAGGAUAUCUUUGCCAAUGCCUCUUCUGCUGUAAACACUUCACCGGCCAGCUUCACAAGUACUAGCAACCACGGCACCCCAGCGCAAGGGAAGAGCCUUUUCGCCGAAUUGGGCGAUUUUGGGGGCGAAAGCGAAGACGGAAGUGUUGCAGAAGGCACGCCGAGCAGGUCUAGCUUCCAUUCCCCUGAAUCUUCGCCAGAGACGCUGCGGAAAUCAGUGCUUGCCGUGUCACCUCUUCAACCUAGCUCUCUACCAAAAGUGCUCAUGGUAGACUCGGAAAUGAUGACGGAGCCUUGGGAACCCGAAGUCACCACAGUAGACUUGUCUCUGUCGUCGUUGUCGUCACAGACAACGGAGCCUCAGGCGCCACCCCUGCCUGCACUUGGGCUGUCGUCGUUCGAGACGCAAGCAACAGAACCCAUACCUGCAUCUUCCUCCCCACUUGGGCUGUCCACGGUCUCGACGCAAGCUACUACGCCGCUACCUGCAUCUCCCCCUCUACUGGGACCGUCCUCCUUGGUGGUGCAGGCUACUGAGCCCAUAGUUGUGCCGUCCCCAUUACUCCAUCUUUCCAGCCAUUUCGCCCAAGAAACCGAGCCACAGGCACCUCGACGAGCGCCCUUGCUCAUGUCUGCACAUAUUUCUCAAGACACCGUGCCCCGACUUGCUCCACCUCCUUCGUUCAAUCUAUCCGGACUAACAGCGCAAACGACGGAUCCCAUUUCCUCAGUUACAACAGACCAGAUCGUGCCGGCUCUCGACUUAUCUCCAAUUUCGCACCAGGCGACUGAGCCCUUGGAGCCCACGUUGGCCGAAGUGCUUCCUCUGCCGGUGCCACUGCCUGGCAGUGAAAAGGAAGUGGAGAAGCAACCGGCGCCUGUACCAUUGCAGAUGUCGACCGUUUCAAGUCAGAGCACUCCGCCUAUCGAGCCAUCACUCCCCAAGGAGCCAGCACCAGUGCCGUUGCAGAACUCAGCCAUUUCAAGUCAAAGCACGCAACCUGUCGUGCCAUCCUUGCCGAAGCCACAACUCUCUGUGGUGUCAACACAGGCAACGGAGCCCAUCGAGCCACGGAAGCCUGUGUUCUCGCAGACUCCAAUACUCUCGGCUCAGGCUACUGAACCUGUGGAGCCCAGAGCUCAACCACUCGGAAUAUCCGUGUUAUCUUCGCAAGGCACUUUACCUGUCGAAGCCAAACCUCGCCCACUUGGGAUAUCCGUGUUUUCUUCGCAGGACACUCCACCUGUCGAAACCAAAUCUUGCCCACUUGGGAUAUCAGUGAUAUCAUCACAUGACACUUCACCUGUCGAGCCGCCCACACCCCCGCCUUUACAGCUGUCCGCACAUUCAUUCCAAGCCACCGAGCCUGUUGACAUUCACAGACAAGCCUUACCGCAGUUUUCAGAGAUCACAGCGCAACAAACAGUGCCUGUUGCCGCCCCUGCGGCGAAAUACGAGAACGGGUUAUCUCCCGUCGACGUGCUUCACGAUGUCCAGCCCGAGUCACCCACGCUUCCCAGCUUUCUUCCCAGUCCAAGCAGGCCCUCCACCGCUAAACGAGUGCCUCGUCUUGAUUUAUCUCUCUCAUCUGUCAAUUCUCAAGAAACUGAGCCUCUCACACCUUCGAGACCUGCGACAGCUCAUCGUGCUGUGUCUGUUCCGACAGACAGUUCCUCGGAGUCUACAACCGACAAACCUGCUAGUGCAAAACUUGGGUUCUUCAGCUCCGCCGUUCUUUCUUGGAGCACAAAUGAUCCUUCCGCUGCGGGCGAACACGAAACGUCCCAUUCUCCGGCGCCAAUCUCCACAGUCGAAAGCCAACCCCAGGUCCCGUCACCGGCACCGGCGAAUCCGCGGGCGCCCACUGUUGACGAGGGAACGCAGACCAUGGUAUCGGCGGAUCAGAUUGAUAAACUGCUUGCAGCUCGAAGUGCACAACGGUACCCAAAUAAUGUUGCGACGAACAAUACCGAGAGAGCCAUGUCGCCACCAACAUCACCGCGUAGAAUGAGUGAUUCUAAGGUUCCUAGACGUCAUGGUAGUUCCAGCAGCAUACGUUCUCGCACCGAGCCGCCUCCUCCACUCCCUGCUGACCACAGGGAAGUGAUUGCCGCAGCUGCUCUUAAAAAGGCACCCUCUGUCGUAUCCGCUCCGCCUGGGGAUAUGGGACCGCCAAUCAUGCCAGCUUCGGCAUAUAAGAAACGGCCCCAGACGCCAACGGUCAAGACGUCUGGCCUGAUAAAUACGAAGACGGGAGGUACCACUCCUCGUCCUCGUAAUCAGGCCCCUCGUAGCGACGUGGGAAGAAGUGGAGCUUCAUCGCCAAUGACGCGCCGGUCAUCGGUGUCGUCCUUCGGUUCGGAGAUAGAUCGUCGUUUCCAGGGCAUAUCAGACCCGUUUUCCCAGAGUGGCUUCGAUGCAAGUAAUACCGAUCCACGCAUGAUUCAAGCUGUCACACAGACUAUGAUCGGCGAGUUCCUCUGGAAGUACACCAGGAGAACUGGGCGUGGUGAACUGUCCGAGAACCGCCACCGCCGAUUCUUCUGGGUUCAUCCUUACACUCGCACAUUGUACUGGAGCGACCAUGAUCCCGCAACCGGAAGCCGUAACGAAAUGAAGGCCAAGAGUGUGCCUAUUGAGGCGGUUCGGGUUGUUCCAGACGACAAUCCCUAUCCCCCAGGCCUCCAUCACAAGAGUUUGAUUAUCGUCACACCAGGCCGGUGUAUCAAGUUCACUGCCACUACUGGUCAGCGACAUGACACCUGGUAUAACGCACUUUCCUACCUGCUCCAGCGCACAGAGAGCGGAACUGUGGAGAGCCAAGAAGAGCAGAAGGAAAGUGUGGACGAGAUACAAGAUGAAUUCAAUCCCACCUAUCGUAGUUUGUCAAGGCUUACGAAUAGGUCGCGAACAUCCUCGUACUUCAGCCGUCAGACCGCUUCUCCUCACCCGGGCGAAGUGCCCACCCUGCGACAGUCGACGACUCCUCACAGACGUCCCGCGUCUACGGAGCCUCCUCAAGAGUCUGGCCGCCUGAGCAGCCUCAGUGGCUACUUCAGGCCUGGAUCCACGCUCCGCAACUCUUUCACCAGCCGGCGGAGCAGGACGGGUGCACAAGAGGCUGUGGCAUAUGAGACGCCCGAGAAUGAUCCCAACUAUGAACUUACGCAAGAGUUGGCAACCAAGAGUGUUCGCGACAGGGAGCACAUACCUGGAAUGGAGAAUGUCAGGGCCUGUUGCGAUGGCAAACAUGACGUUGGUCACCUUCACACUCCCACUCCGAAACACCGACACAGCAGUUUCCGAGGCACUCGAGCGUCCGUUGCCGGAUCUGUCAGCUCGCGUUCACAGUCACGGACUGAGUCACGGGGCCCCAACGAAUGA